AUGGCUGGAUAUAUGUCACGAGGACCCCCAAAUGGCUCUAUUUAUGUAUGCAAUCUGCCUCCUGGAACUGAUGAGACCAUGUUGGCUGAAUAUUUUGGCACCAUAGGGUUGCUAAAGGUAUGGGUCUUACCAGAUUUGUCAUUUCCUCUUGUCAUAUCUCAACAGAAGGACAAAAGGACUGGCCAUCCAAAGAUUUGGAUAUACAGGGACAAAGUUACAAAUGAACCAAAGGGUGAUGCAACAGUCACAUAUGAAGAUCCCCAUGCUGCUUCAGCUGCUGUGGAAUGGUUCAAUAAUAAGGAUUUCCAUGGAAGCAUCAUCCAGGUUCACAUAGCUGAGUCAAAAAACAAAGAUACAGUUGAUAACUUCACCAAUGUGAGCGUCGAUGCUGAGAUUGUUGGACAAGAUGAAUUGGAUAACGGAUCAGGCAGAGGUAGAGGGCGUGGUGAUGGUCCAGCAAAAGCUUGGCAGCAAGAUGGAGAUUGGAUGUGUCCAAAUACAAGCUGUGGCAAUGUAAACUUUGCCUUCCGUGGUGUUUGUAAUCGUUGUGGAGCCUCUCGCCCUGCUGGUGUUAGUGGAUCUGGUGGUGGUGGUGGUAGGGGUAGAGGUCGUGGUAGUGAUGAUGCAAGAGGCAGUCGUGCUGCUGCUGCUGUUGGUGGUCCCCCUGGGCUGUUUGGUCCUAAUGAUUGGCCAUGUACGAUGUGUGGCAAUGUAAACUGGGCAAAGCGAACCAAAUGUAAUGUCUGUAACACCUCUAGGCCAGGUCACAAUGAAGGUGGUGUGAGAGGUGGCCGGGGUGGCGGCUUUAAGGAACUUGAUGAAGAAGAACUAGAAGAAGUACGGAGGCGCCGGAAAGAAGCUGAGGAGGAUGAUGGAGAAAUGUAUGAUGAAUUUGGUAACCUCAAAAAGAAGUUCCGUGCUAAAUCAUAUCAAACUGAGAGUACACCAGCUCUUCCUGGGUCUGGACGUGCUGGAUGGGAAGUCGAGCACCGUGGUUCCACUGAGAGAGAAGGCCGAGAGAGGAGCAGAGAUCGGGGCAGGGACGACUACGAUGAAAGGGAAAGCAGGAACAGAGACAGAGGUUCUCAUGGAAGAGAGCGGCGCCGUAGCCGAAGCAGGAGCAGAGACCGCGAGAAGGAAAGGGGGAGGGACAGGGGUAGAGACCGUGGCAGCGAGAGAAGCUGGGAGCGCGGCACCGAGCGUGAACGUGAUCGCUACAGAUGA